GUAUUUUAUAUAUAAAUAUAUGUAUAUUUAUUUCUAACCGUAUACAUACAUAUUGGCUCUCCCUUGGCGUAUAUUUACAUGUAAAGUGUACGCAUCUAUCCAUAUAUUGAGCGUUACAUGUUUAUAAAUGUAGUGCCUCGUGUCCAGUUCACCUGUGUAAACCUGUUUGGUAGAGUUCAGUAAAGAGGUCAUGUUAUUUUCACUAUUGAUCAAUGACCAGCGGUCAAUGCGCACUCGCGCUUUUUGUGGUAGCGCGACUCCCGUACAGGAAGUUGACACGAUCGGACGUGUACAUGAUAUACAUGUGCAAUACGUUAUUCAGCGCAUCUUACAUCGUUUGCCAAUCAGUUCGUCCAGGAUGAAGCCGGUGUACAUAAAGCUGGUGUCGAUUACUGUGAUAGUGGUGACUGCCUUUUUACUGCUGAAAAUCAGCCGUAAUAGUGUCACGUUCUCACCAAAACUACAACGUACGUUCUCACCAAACCCACAACGUGCAAUAAGCAUUGACGAUCUGACACCAGAUUUUUACAGGAAUAUUCCGGAUGAUAUUUACUCGUGCGUGAAGACAACAAAGACCUACGAAUAUGAUUUUGAUAAUACCGACCUCUACCUGCUGCCGAGUAAGGAAAACAUGUGUGAGAUGAAAGCAGAAGAUUUAGAGAAGCUUUAUCAGAUGUAUUUAGGUACCAUCCAGACGAUUUGUAAGAGACCCCUCCGGCUCGGGAAAAGGAAUGAUGGCGGAUGGGACAUCUGUGUGGAGAAACAGUUCCUCACCCCCGGGGCAUGUCAGGUCUACUCGUUCGGUAUUAAUUACGAUUUCACCUUUGAUGACGAGAUAGCAAAGAAUUCGACUGUAAGGUCCAUUCCUUUGACCCCAGUAUGGAUCAAGAGAGCUACCAACGAAGUAAGAACCCCUUUGUGUACUUUCACGACAUUGGUAUCGCCAGUAAAUCCCAGCAAGUAAUCGGAAAUAAUGAAUGGAGAAUGUUAACCAUGAAGGAUACCAUGACAGAAUUGGGCCAUAAAACUAUUCCAGAUGUUAUCAAGAUGGAUAUAGAGUACUGGGAAUGGGACGUCCUCCCUAAUAUACUGUCUAGUAGUCUCCUGCCAAAACAGUUCGCUAUAGAGUACCAUCUUUGGGACGCGAGUCAUACCACAAAGAAAGUCAUAUGGCUUCAUCGCUUGUGGAUCCUUAAAGACUUAUACGAUGCAGGCUACAGGAGUUUCUGGGUCAAUAGAAAUCUACCAUGUACAGUGAAAUCUGAAUUAACUUUAAAAUAUAUUUAUGGUUGCCAUGAAGUUUCAUAUCUAAAAAUUGAGAAUGACGUAAGACGUAAGGAGAACUAACGAGUUGUGAUGUGAGUUGCAAUAUGAUAAUAAUGAUUUGGAUUUUUAUAUUCAAAUUUAUCACCGAAACCAAAGUCGUCAAAGUGGUUCACAAAUUAUAAUCCGUGGUGAUUGGGCCUUCAGCAACCAGCCAACGUCUUUCUCAACUCCCUGGGGAGCCGGAGCUGCCAUUUCGUCACUUACAGCAUUAGUUGCACUGCCCUUCCACGUACUCAUUUAGCACUUCAUAAGUCCCAGAUAAAGUAAAAUAAAUAUGUAUAUCAAUAGUUUGGAUCUCGAUCGAUAUAAUACCUUAAAUCAAGUAUUAUCUUUACAUUAUUGCUUUUCACAAACAUUAACAGACAAUAUAGGAGAUGAAAUCUCCCCUGAAAUAAUCCAUUAUGACACCUAAUUUAUGUAAAUUAAUUAGACAAGAACGAUUAACGUUAUCACAACAUUUCAAAAUCGAAAGCUUUCCUAUAAUCAAUAAAUGGGCACAAAGGUCUUUUCACGAUUGAUUGUUAUACAAAAACGAGUCAAUGGUAGACAUGUCUACUGCGCAUCAGGUAUGAUGUUGUAAGUGAUAUCAAACUUACCGUGCCUGUUAUAAAUAAUAGAUGUUGAACGUUUUAUAGCUUACUAGUGUUGUAUUCCAAUGAUUAUUUUAAUCGAUGGCAUCUCCAUCCUUUAAAACAGGUAAAAUAUAUCCUUUUGACCACGAUUCCGGAAUACGUCCAGAUUUAAAUGCAUUAUUGAAUAAAACUCGUAAACUUAGUAUAUCUUCUCACUUUAUGAACUAUUUAUUUAAAACAUUACCGUGUCCAGAUUGUUUUGAUGAUUUCUCUAUCACCUUAACAUUUGUCCUGUUUAACAGAUUUAUAUGCAUGUAUAAUUGAAAACAAAUUAAUCAAACACAUCCGUCCAAUAUGAUUAAUUUUCAACAUAUCUUAUUGUUUCUUAAAAUCAAUCAAGAUGAUUGGGCACAAGAAAUAUUGUUCUCAAUGCUCGAAAAACAAUAUGUCCUCAAACUUAGUAAAUUAUUGACUAGUUCAAUCAUAAAACAUUUUACUUGUGCAGUUCUCUGUAAAUAUACUAAUGUUGUGAUUGUGACAUUAAUAUCCUCAUGUUGCAUCCUAACACAAAUUCUUAAAAUAGAAAACUGUGUAAACAUGUAAGUCCCCUCCGUUUACAAAUAUGCUGUUUCCAUAUGUCUUUAUACAAUGAUUUGUAUCCACCUUUGUUUAUUUACGGGUUUAUGUACGGAGAUCCAUUUUUUUCAUUUUUAGCUCGUCUCGAAGAAUAGGGAGAGCUAAUGUUGUCACCCCGACGUCGGCGUUGGUUUUCCAACUUUAAGUUUUUGGUGCAAGUGUUUAAAGUCAUUAGUAAACCACUUUAUAAUUGUACUAAAGUGCUGAUAUUUAAGUUAAGGCACCCUGUGGAAUUAUACUAUCCUCUCCUGGAGGCGAACUGACAUAUUUUUAGGACAAUUUCUGCUUUUUAACGUGUCUUGAACUUAGACAAAAACUAGUUUUUAGUACAAGUGUUGAAACGCUUUAACACAUCACUUUAUAAUUGUACUGGGGUACUGAUAAUUGUCAUUAAGGUUCCUGUGGGGUUUGGCUAUUCACUCCCGGAGUCAAACUAAGGGAUUUUUCAAAAACCUGCUUUAUGACAUGUUUUGGACUUCGACAUUUUCUGCAUUUCUUAUAUUUUCAGCUAUUUAUGAAUUAUGUCAAUUAGGGUUGAGUAUCACAAAUUAAUUCUGUCAAGUACACAAUAUAACUCGAUAUGCAACACAAUACAAAUAUAGAUUUUGAUUAUUUUUUGACAAACAUUUGCGAGACAACCUAUGCUAUUCUACAACAGCACCCGUUUCCUUUGAAAGGUUACUGGACUUGAUUUAUCCUGUUAAAAUCUUUUGCAUACAAUUUGUUAUACGGAUUCGUUGUAUAUGAAUAAAGUCUACGCCCUCUGUGGGGUAUGAAGGAGGCAAU